UUCAUAUAUUAUAGGUACCUAUUCCUUAUCAGUCACAGCUUGACUUUUGGACUGUCACUUUCUUCCGCAUUUAUUACCAACGAACAGCACUUCUAGCUGCGAACACAUUCUAAGCGUCUUUGGCCUCAAGUAAAAAAUGUUCUUAUGCUGACGGAUAUAUAAUGCGUCAAAUGGGGUCAACGCGCCCUUCCGUCUGAAGCAUCCACCUUGCAGUUCAUCUCGCAACACACAUCUACCCCAUCCCAAAAGUUCAUUGCGCGUCUACUCACUCGGGGAGGACGUACAUUGUCAUGGAAAGAAUCAAGGGAGAUAUGGUUAGCCACGGCUGGGUAAGAUGAAGAAAAAAGUCGAAAGCCAGGCUACUUACCCAACUCACAAAAAUAAUCGGCGAGAUGCGAGAACCGCAGCUUCACAAGGUAUUAGGAUUGCCGAACUCCAGGGGCCGAUGAUCUGGGCUUCGGGCCUUCCGAUACCAUGGAGGAGUUCCAUCGGAAUAUACGCAUGGGAAUAGAUUUCGAUCCUGACCAGGAAGCUGUUGCCCAAGGACUUAUCAAAAUGUAUCAGACCAAAACUUGGCCUCUAGUGCUCACUCCUGGUGAUCUCAACAGUCUGAAUAUUCUUGUUCGCGAUGACAAUAUUGUUGGUAUUAUUGACUGGGAGACUGGCAGGUUGGUAUCCGGCAUAUUGAGAGUACAUAUCUGCCCAUCAAGUCUACCUACGAAAUCCUUUCUGCUUCCAUGGGAUUCACAGAUCUUUCAUGUGAGCAUUACACUCACCUCAUUAGAGCUGCGGCUGUCAUACUAGAAGCUUCCUUCUUUGAAUAGCUUCUUGCACAACCGAGCACAGGAGUGGGAAAGCAGACAC